CUCAUUCACACCGGCGACUUGAGGAGGUCGCGCGACCAUUUGCGACUCGCAAACAAAAAGCGACCGAAGGCGACUGAUGUUCACACCGGCAAGCCCGGUCGAGCGCGACUAGCCAGUCGCAAUCCCGGAGAUUCUCGUUCUCAGCGAGAACUCGAGGGAUCUACGCAGUUCGCGCGCACUUUUCAGUUCGCGCGCACCUCGCACUUCGCUCGCCUUCCAGCCAUGGAUUUCGACUCUAGCGAAGAGGAAGACGUGGUCAGUGUGCUGAUGUGCUCUGCCGUGAUGUCAGCCCUGGCAGCGCGGAAGCCUCCGAAAAGAAAACGACGCUGGUGGGUGCGCCCGUGCCUCCGUUCCCGAGAAGUGGCCGGCCACGCAAGCCGCCUCCUGCCCGAACUCCGCGCACAUGACGAGGACUAUUUUCGAGACUUCCUGCGAAUGCCGCCCAGCACAUUUGACACGUUGCUGGCACUGCUACGCCCCAGCAUCACAAAGGAAGACACGAACUACAGGCCUGCAGUCUCAGCUCAUGAUCGCCUAGCCAUGACCAUCAGGUUCUUGGCCACAGGAGAGACACAGCGAGACAUGUCCUUUAACUUUCUGGUGGGCAGAUCAACAACAUGUGCCAUUGUGUCAGAAGUGUGCGACGCUCUGUGGACUGUGUUGAAGCCGCUGUAUCUUCAGCAUCCGCAAGGGGCUGAUGAAUGGCUCAAGGUAGCCACAGAGUUUGAGGAGCGCUGGAAUAUGCCACACUGCGUCGGGGCUAUCGAUGGAAAGCACGUGAGCAUCGAGUGCCCAGCAAAUUCAGGAACCCUUGAUCACAACUACAAGGGUACUUUCAGCAAAUCACUACUUGCUGUCUGCGACGCACAAUACAGGUUCCUGUACGUGGAAAUUGGCCACAGUGGCAGUGAGAGUGACGGCGGCAUUUUUUCUCGCUCCACCCUACAAAACGAGAUCAUCAGUGGGACCUUGGGGCUGCCACCGCCGAGGACUGUUGGGAGUGAGGGCCUUCUCCCGUACUUCCUUGUUGGCGAUGAGGCCUUCCCGCUCAAGGAUUACAUGAUGCGGCCAUACCCACGACGGACACUUCAUGAAGACUCACACGAGACGCACAAGCGGCGCGUUUUCAACUACCGCUUGAGCAGGGCCCGGCGAGUCAUCGAAAACGCCUUUGGAAUCCUGGCUCAACGGUGGAGAAUUCUGCGGCGACCGUUCAAAGCAAAGACUGAUAACAUCAACAGAUACGUGGGGGCCUGUAUAGUGCUUCACAAUUUUUUAAUGAAAGAGUCGUCAGCCUCUUCUGCUGCAUACUGCCCACCAGGUUCUGCUGACAGCGAAGACUGGGAAGGGCGACUUUCGCCUGGCAGCUGGAGGGAUGAGGAACCAGCCGGAGGUGCCCUCUUGCCAACUAAGUCCAGUGGGUGCCACGCUGCUCGGUACGCGAAAGAAGUUCGGGACAAGUUGGCACACCACUUUAUCACAGCCGGCCAAGUUCCCUGGCAAGAUAAAGUGGUCACCAGUACUUGAACUGCACAAGAACUGCAGGGCUCGAUGUCCGCUGCCAUGGUGUCCGAGGAAACCCCUGGUUGGGCGCCAUCUGUAGCUUCUGCUCGGCUGCAACGACCGUGGAAAAGCACCGUUUUAUGUAUCGCAUUUCACAUUCAUACAUGCAUAUGCCAUUACCAGUGGUCAGCUGCCAACCUGUCAUUCAUGCCUACUCACCUCGCAUUACGCACAUGCUCUAUUACAAUAAGCGUUGUGUGUUUCCGCUCACUGCCUAAGAAAAUCAACGUUCUCAAUGUUUUCUGUUGGGCUACUCUUUCAGUUGCUCUGAAUGGUUUUUUUCAUUUGUACUACUGUUUGACUUGUGCUUGCUUAUAAUUUCGUGCCAUUUUUGCGUUUGUUUCGUUUCUUAAUAUUCAUACUAUUAUGUUACUUUUGUGACCAUUUCGAGUCAACUUUGUGCUGUUUAUGUAUUUGCAUUGUACUGAGACUAUUUCAUCAUUUGCUGAUUUCCUGUUGCUGUACUGUACUUAUAUAUAGAUAUGUCGCUAUCACCCAUGCUCUUCGGUGCCUGAGAGGCACCAUAAGUAAAAGAAACAUGAAGUAUCACAUGUAUCUGCAUACAAGCUACAUUUUGAAACGUUGUGACUUACACCUUUUUGCCCUCUUAAGUUAUUUUGGACAGGUGUCGAGGUUUCACUUACAGAUAGAGGUUGAUGUUACGAGCACCAAUUCCUUGGCUAAACCUACAUUGUUCACCCCUACCUUAAAUGUAGGCUUCAUUUUAGACGUUACCUUGAUCGAGUGUCCUCCAUGCUGCACAGCACCCUGAAAGAAGUUUACCGUGACAAACUUGAUUACAGUGGCAUGAUCCAGCGUAUUAAAUGAACAGAUCGUGCACAUGUAACUGCCAUGUCAUGCAGGUGUCCAACACCUACUGUAAUUUUUGGGGGACAAAAAUUUUUUUCAAGGUUUCGUCCGAGUGUGUUGUACAAUGGCAAGGAACAUGCGUGAUAACGAAACCAAUAUAGGCGUUUUUUUCCCCUAAGCACUCUAUGCCGCAGAAGUAGUGCCAGGGAGGUGCCUUACAACGCCUUGUAAACAUUACGCAUACACCAACGACGGUGACUCGACAAUGCUGCCGGCGGAAGUGGCUCUGACUAGUAUAGCUGCCACAGAGAAAGAUGCCUCCGAUAGCUUCGAGAGAAGUCUAAAAGCGUUCGUUUUGUACGCUGUGAGCAAUGUUGACUGAACUUUCUUUGCUGCUAGUAGUAGGCAUUCCUAAAAAACUUUACAUAAAUUUAGUUAACACAAACACAAGUAUAGCAUUUUGAGAUUACUGUGCAAUCGUGCACAUGUAAUAGUGUUUCAGCAUGCCAACCCAUUAAAGUACAGUCUCACUCCGUUGUACUUGUAAAUAAGUUCUUUGUUUGAAAUUUGCUGAGAGCUCAACUUCUCGCUAUGCAGAGGUGCAACCUAUUGUAAUGGAUAUAUGAAAAUAACGAUUUAUGUUUGCGAUAACUAAACAUGUUACUUUGAGCUACAGACAUUUUGUCCAUUGCCUGCCAGUGUAAACAGCAUUUCAAUGCAUGCUGAGCAUGCAUGUCUCCUGCGAAACUUUCCUUUGCUCAUGUGUUUUCAGGCAUGACAAUAAACUGUUUCAUUUUGACAGCAAAAUAUACUUGCAUCACAGGUUCCGACGCCACCUCGGUUAGUUCUAGCAUGGCCUCGAAAUGGGGCCAUCUGAUGGUGGGGACAUCAACUGCCCCUGCACCACUGCGCUGCUUAUCGCGAACCUCCUGUUGUUUCCUCUUAAAAAUGUCUCGCAAGUUUUUAAAUUUUUUCUCUGCAGAGGUUCCUGCAAAAUAAAUAAGUAGUUGUAAUUUGACACCAGCAUGAAAUUACACGAAAUAAAAUAUGCUUCACAAAAUGCCUCUCCUCUCGUUUUCUUUGUAUUGUGUUAGCCGCAACAU